GUCUGCUGGCACUGCUCUCGAACCCUGCCGUCAGCUUUGGAUGGUGAACUUAAAUUGGGUCCAAGAGACAGCGAGAACGAGUACAUCUAUCCGCGUAGUCCAUUGCCUCCGGUUUCUUCUGCCCCAAGCCAUGCAGCCGUCCGAGGACGCAAGCUGCAGGCGGGUCGCAGCUAUCUGGGCGUCAUGGAGGCUGAACAACAGGACGUUGGUCUGGAGACUACACGAAUCCCAAUGAAAAGUGUGUCAGUACAAGCCGUCGAGCCUGUAGUGGCUGCGCAUGCCGAUCAGAGAUGGCCUAGAGACGCCUCUGAAGAUGCGCCGUAUACACAUUCGAGCAGACGGCAAACUCGCAGAAAGCGGAUUCAAGUGGGCUGGCCGAGUCCAUCUCUUGCCUUUGAGGGUUCUCUUGUAGGUGCUUGUCAGGAUGCCGCUUGCCAGGCCGGCAUGUCUGACCAGCAUAAGGCCGAACACAGAGCACACAAUCUUGUAGCAACCGGAUCUCGAUAA